GGAGAAAAUGCUCGGGAGGAUCCUGAGGAGCAAAGGAUGGAGACGCUCCAGUUACGUCAUCACCACCCGCGUCCACUGGGGGGCGCCACCCGACCGGGGCCUCUCCAGGAAGCACCUGCUGGAAGGUCUCCGGGGGUCCCUGCGCCGUCUCCAGCUCGAUUACGUCGACGUCGUCUUCGCCGGGCCCCGCCCCGGCCCCGCCCAAAACGAGGGAAUGGACUCGACCCUGAGGCUGCUGCGGCUGGAAGAGUUGGUUCGUGCCAUGGGUGACGUCAUCGAGCAGGGCCUGGCGCUGUACUGGGGCACAGCCGGGGGCGCCCCCGGUGACGUCAUGGACACGUUCGCCGUGGCCCGGCAGCUGAACCUGGUGGCCCCCGUGUGUCAGUGGGCGGAGCUUCCGCCAGAGCCCCGCCUCUUCCGCCACCUCGGCCUGGGCGCUGUCACCUGGUCCCCGAUGGCCCCGGGACCACCCCAGGAUGAGGAGACCCCCGGAAACGCCCCGGCCAAGGGCCGGUCCCGUGUCCCGGUGGCUCUGGGGGAGCUGCAGCCGCUGGCCCAGAAGUUGGGGUGCACCGAGAGACAGCUGGGGAUCGGUGCUGCCCCGCCUCGGUCCCGCCGCCCUGCGGGAGCUCCACCUCCUGCUGGGGGGCGGGGCCGCCCCGCCCUGACACCGCCCCCUCCACUGCCUCCCAUUGGCUGAUCCCGCAUGGCCCCGCCCCCUCCGCGCGCCUCAGCCCCGCCCCGUAUGGGCGGAGCCGUUUGAAUGACAGCAAUAACCCCGCCCCCCGAAAGAGGGCGGGACCAAUCAAAGCACAAAGUCCCCGCCCCCCGAACCCUGACCAAUCGCAGCGCUUCCAGUGGGGGUGGGGCCUUGUAGGCCACGCCCCCUUCCGCCCCUCCCUGCUGUGGGGGAGGGGAAUAAAGUGGCUUUUCCCACG